CAUCCCCUCCCUCUGCGCCCUCGACCCCUCCUCCCUCCUUUCCCAUCCUUUCCUCCGCCCCGGCUGCCGCUGCCGCCCUCCCGUCGCAGCCAGUCCUGCGCCGUAGCACGGCUCGGCUCGGCUCGGCUGGGCGCGCCAUGGUGCAGCUCGGGGGCGGCCGCCGAGCCCCACUGCCGGCCCCGACCGCGCCUCCGGCCUUCAGCAUCGACAGCAUUCUGCAACCCGGCCCUCGCCACCCGGCCCGGGAGCAGGGCAGAGCCCGCUGCACGCUGCCGGAGGAGGAGGAGGAGGAAGAGGGGCCUGCGGAGCAAGACCCCAGUAAAGACUCCAGCAACUCGGGCAGCGAGCCCCGCCGGCUCCGGGCGGAGGGGACGAGCCAUGGCCUCCGCCCGGAGGCCGAGGGCGGCGGUGUGGGCUCCCGGCUCCCUGCGGAGGGGCCGCGCGGCCCCCGGCAGGCACCGCCGCGGGAAGCCGGGGGCUGUGUCGGGGAGAGCGGCAAGUCGUCGUCGGCGAGCGGUAGGAAGAAGACUCGGACCAUCUUCUCCAAGAGCCAGGUCUUCCAGCUGGAGUCCACCUUCGACGUGAAGCGUUAUCUGAGCAGCGCCGAGCGGGCAGGGCUGGCGGCUGCGCUGCACCUCACCGAGACCCAGGUGAAGAUUUGGUUCCAGAACCGCCGCAACAAGCUCAAGAAACAGAUGUCGGCCGAGCCGGAGGGCCCGGGGUCCGGGCCCGGACUGGUAGAGUCCCCCGGUGAGCUGUCACCUCCCGCCGCCGCCGCGGCUCUCUCCUUCCCGGCCCUUUACAAGGACAGCAGCCUGCUCAGCCGCUGCUUGCUGCCACUGCCCUUCCCCCUGCUCUAUCCGGGCAGCGCCAUCCCCUACGUCUGCCUCCCCGGGCCAGGCAAACACUUCAGCCUGGUGGACGGGGACGUAUAGCCUCUCCCCUCGGACCCCGACCUUCCUCUUGCCGGGGCCGCACCAAUGCUAUUUAUGCCCCUGCCGUGUCGGUGGGGUGUCCGCCUUCGACAAAGCCGGGGGCAGCCGCCCCUCGGCCCACGGGGAGGCCGCCCGGGCUCCCCCCCACGCGUGUCCGUGGGCCACCGACACGUUGUUAAAGCUUCAAAGGGCGCUGCCAGCCCGUUCUCGCUCUUGCAGCGCUUUUUCUCUGGUCAAGACUGAGAAGUUAACAGGGAGCCACCAAAGAAACCGGGAUGUGUUCUGCCUCCCUCCCUCCCAAAUUAUCCCGUGCCUGUAUUUCAGGGGAGCUGAUGCUCUGCCUCAGCCCACGGGGACUGUCUGCACAGCGCCGUGGCUGUCUUCUAAACCCUGAACCGAGUCACUUUUAAUAUAACUUGCUAAAACUGAAGGCCAUGAUGUGCUCCUUUAUCUCAAAUUCUCCACCUCAGAUUCACUUAUCAUCUUUGACAUUAUCAAAAUGUAGACAUCUUUCCUAAGAUUUGGUUCUUAAACUGUGGCUUCUCUAAGUUUUAUUGUCCCUCCCGAAAAAAAUCCAAGCUCUCUCUCACAUUUUUUGUGCUAACCGAUUCUCAAACUGUUGCUCGUCUCCUGUUUUUGCAGAACGAGAGAAGCUGUCUCUCAUGUUUUUGUGCUAACGCCGCCCUGAAAUCUCAUGGGACAAUUUUAUCUGCUAUUCUAGAGUAAAGCAGUGUUAUUUUUUUUUUUUUUCAUAGAUUUCCAAACUCUUUCGUCGUACUUUGGUUUCCAAGUUCACACGCUUUAUAGUCAAAGAUUGGAAAUAAACAUUUUCAGAAAGAUGAAAUGCAUGCUUUUUCGAUACAGUUUCUACUAGGCAGUAUCAAACGAAAGACAGAGUGCAUCGAUGAGUUUUAUUUUAAAAAUAAAGAUUAAAAAUACA